GCGGACCGGACGAUGGAGACGGACGCCUCCUUCCAGUAAACCGGUGGAGCGGGACUCCGGACUGCUGCGGCCCCCGGCAGGAGGUGCCGGCGGGGGGGGGACGGCCAUGGCGGCGGGAGGCGGAGGAGAGAGGGGGCGAAGAAGAGCGGGGGUCCCGGCGCUCCAGGGACUCUGCUGCUGCUUCUUGUUCUGGGUCGUCACCGUGAAUGGAGAAGAGCGAACCUUCAUCGUGGAGACGUGGUUGAAGAAUUAUGGCUACCUGCUUCCUCUCGGCGUCCGCACGUCGGACCUGCGGCAGGAGAGACAGAUGCAGGCGGCCGUCGCCGCCAUGCAGCGCUUCUACGGCAUCCCCGUGACCGGGGACCUGGACCAGACCACCAUGAAGUGGAUGCAGCGUCCUCGAUGUGGCGUCCCUGAUCCUCCUCACAGCCGGCAGAGGAACAAGCGCUACGCUCUGACUGGCCAGAAGUGGAAAGAAAAGGAGAUCACUUACAGCAUUUCUAACUUCACUCCUAAAGUUGGCGAAAAGGACACACAGCGAGCCAUCCGCCGUGCUUUCAACGUAUGGGAGGCGGUGACGCCCCUCUCUUUCCAGGAGGUUCCGUACUCAGAGAUCAAGAGCGAGGGCAGAGAAGCUGACAUCAUGAUAUUUUUCGCCUCCGGUUUCCACGGUGACAGCUCUCCCUUCGAUGGUGAGGGUGGCUUCUUGGCUCACGCCUACUUCCCCGGCAUCGGCAUCGGAGGAGACACUCACUUCGACUCCGACGAGCCGUGGACACUGGGGAACACAAACCACGACGGUAAUGACUUGUUCUUAGUGGCGGUCCAUGAGUUAGGCCACGCAUUGGGUCUGGAGCACUCCAAUGACCCGAGCGCCAUCAUGGCACCGUUCUACCAGUACAUGGACACCCACAACUUCAAGCUUCCUUUGGAUGACCUGCAGGGUAUCCAGAAGAUCUAUGGUGUGCCUACAGCAAUUUUGGAGCCCACCAGACCGCUACCAACCUUACCCUCCCGCCGGAAUCCAACCACCUCGGGCCGGAAACAUUCCCGACCCCACCGGCCUCAUGGAGAGCGACCGGCGCUCCCAGGAAAUGGGAAACCAAACAUCUGUGAUGGAAACUUCAACACCGUGGCCUUUUUCAGACGUGAAAUGUUUGUCUUCAAGGAUCGCUGGUUCUGGCGGCUGCGGAACAACAAGGUCCAGGAGGGCUACCCCAUGCAAAUUGACCACUUCUGGAAGGGACUCCCAUCCCGCAUCGACGCGGCCUACGAGAGGUCUGAUGGCAAGUUCGUCUUUUUCAAAGGUGACCGAUAUUGGGUGUUUAAAGAGGUGACGGCUGAGUCUGGGUUCCCUCGCGCUCUGCAAGAGCUUGGUGGUGUUCUCCCCAAGGAUGGGAUAGACGCUGCGCUGCGCUGGGAGCCAGUCGGGAAGACUUACUUCUUCAAGGGAGACCAGUACUGGCGCUUCAAUGAGGACCGAAACGUAAUCGACUCCGGGUACCCAAAACCUCUCACUGUGUGGAGGGGGGUCCCCGAAUCUCCACAAGGCGCUUUCAUCAACCGAGAAGGAUACUAUACCUACUUCUACAAGGGGAAUGAGUACUGGAAGUUCGACAACCAGAAACUGACUGUGGAGCCUGGCUACCCGAAGUCCAUCCUACACGACUGGAUGGGGUGUGACCAGUCUGACAUGGAGAACUCGGGUAACAAUCGUGGUGACCGCCAGCUGCCCCUGGAUGACGUGGACAUCAUGGUGACCAUCAACGAUGUUCCUGUGACGGUGAACGCCAUUGCCGUGGUAAUCCCCUGCAUCCUGUCACUGUGCAUCCUGGUGCUGGUUUACACCAUCUUCCAGUUCAAGAAUAAAGGGGCACAACAGAACACCGUAACUCCCCACUACUACAGGUACCCAGUCCAGGAGUGGGUAUGAUGUCAAUAAGACCUAUGAGAGUACAUGGACUCGACGUGUGGCUUGGCUUCUGGAAACAGCUGGGAGCUGUAUUGUUUUCCUAGUGAGUUGAUUCUUCUAUGCAGAGUCAAUGCUAACAUGAAAAAGAGAAGUACAGCUCCAACAGGGAUCCAGAUUUUAAAUCUCUUGUUUUUACUCGGGUGGCCUUCGACUCGUGUCCUCCAUAAUGCCUGACCCCUUGAUGUCACAAGACUAUAAACUCUAUGGUACUUCAGGUAGGACUACUUGCUACUGUCCAACACCUGUCACACAUGGUCCCAGCCAAACUAAUGGAGUUGGCGUUGUAUAAAGUGGCGGGAACAGCCACCUUGUUCUUCACGUUCUCAUCCAGACCAUUGUCAAGAUGAAACUGGUCCAGGAGGACCACAGCAAUUUGUAGAUGAUGUACGGUAGGGUUGGGUGAAGAAGGUUCAUGCGUCGGCUCCAUGUCACCUUUAGAUUUCUCACUCCUGAAUUUUAUGUUGCCAAACUUUUUUUUGUUGCGUCCUCAGGCCUCUGGAUUUUUUCAUUUAUCCCAGUUUGCAAGCUAACCAAACUCCUCCAUGCUGUUUCAGUGUGUUUUGGUCAUUCCAAAAGGUUUGUCAGCCAUAGGAUGUGGUGAGACGAGCUGAACUGGAGUCUUAAGGAGUUUAUUUUUGAGUGACUCUUCCACUGUCAGCAGACAGGUCAUCUUGGGCUCAACUGCUGUGUCUCCAGUUGGCAAACCAGAGGUAGUCACACCCGUCCACCGCUCCUUGGUUUGGUCCAAUGCUGCUGGUCUCUGCCACAGGUUUCUUAAUUUAGUCGUGAAUGUAAAUGAAGGCUCUUCUCAAAGACAAACAUAAACUGGCUUUAUCAGCCUCCAAUAUAGUUCCUUAUCAUCUCAUAGUUCAAUUGCUUCCCUGCCAUUGAACAACGGUUCUGUCCCAAAACCUUCAUGUUGGACGGGAUGUUAUGCUUCCUUGCAGUUUGGAUUACUUUGCACUAUCUCCUCUCUGCUUUUGACAUCUAGAAUGCUGACUUUGGAUCCUUCUCCUACUGUGGUAGGUCAGGUUUGUGUUCAUGGAAGUGACGUACAGUGUGAACUUACGAUGAAGUGCAGAGAUCUUACUUUGAUAUUGUAUUUCACCAGUGCUUUAAGUGUGCUGGCGUGUAUCGGUAUGUUAGGUGAGUUUUGCCAGCGUACAGUGAUACUGUGACUUUUUAUGGCAAUAUCCUCCUCCGACCUUCCCAGUUUAUAAGUGGUGAUUUAAAAAAAUACAGUCUCUUUGUUUCAUGACCCUUGUCAUAUGACAUGGCACACUUGCCAUUGUGUGCAAAGUUAUCACGGCGGUGGUGUCGCCCUAGUCUUUAAAGGUUUAGAGGACACGAACUGGACCUUUGAUAAAGAAAGUAGCACUCCUGAAUGUUCACUACUGCAGAAAAUGGAGGCUGCUUAGAUUGAUGAUCAAUUCAGAAAUAUCACCCAUGUUUUUGUACUCUAUUUGUGUAACAGCAGGUAAUUAAUGGAGAGUACUAGCACUUCAAGCACGAUUGUCCACAUCUGUGGCACUUAGUGUCAUUGUUGAUUUGGUCGUCUUGCUCGUGCACAUCAUCUCACUUUUGUUUUGGUACAGUGACUUAUCUCAACGUCGACAACCAGUUACGUGAUGCUAGCUACAGAUGUUCAAACAACAUUCUUGUUUGUCUCUGGCGGAAAAACUUGAACUGGAGAAAUGGCUUGAUGACUCAACAUAUGGAAUGGUGUCUAUAUAUAUAUAUAUAUAUAUAUAUACAUAUAUAUAUAUAUAUAUAUAUAUAUAUAUAUAUAUAUAUAUAUAUGAGAGGUUUUUCUGCUUCCUUGUCACAGUGGCUGUUGUUUAAAGUGACGAGCCAUGUUAAUGUUGUCGUGGCAAGUAGUGGUCAUUUCUCAUUGUUUACACUUUUGUCAGAAGCCUCAGUGGACGUUGGUUGUUGAAGAAUGAUGCAGACACCUGCUGCACCAAAAGAACGCAACUUUCCAAUGAACCUGUCAGUGUAUCUCGAUGUUCAUGUUGUCUAGGUAAAGAUGUGACCACAUGAGCACCAGCCUACGAUUGCGUGCCAUCAUGUUAGCAUCUAUUAGGCUAGGAGAGUCAAUAAAUCAUUUGUUGACAUGCACAUACAUAUUGGCCUUGAAAAGUGAUAGGCCGUAAAAUAUUUAACAACAGUUAUCUGAGGAGUUGAAGCUCCAUUGCAAGAAAAACCUUUUCACAUUGACUUAGACAAUAAUCCCAACCUGUGUUUGGUAUCGCUGUACGAUGUUUUGCCGCUACCUUUACUUGGUAAAUCUCAGCGCUAGCUCUUUCAUGAUGAUCUCACAGGGUUUAGACUGUGGUCUCUGAGUUGCUCUGUUGGUUCCGUUCUGCUGCCUCAUGAUAUAACGUAGUUCAGCACCAUGGUCAGCGAGCAAACCAAAACUGUCGCUCAUCUUCACCUCAACUAAAGUCGCUGGUUGCCUUUUGUUUUGGGAGCUAACGUGUAAAACAACUUAAGGAAGUCAAACAUAUCAGCGAGAGCGUCGCCAGUCGCUUUUCGUGUCAGGAGAGCUCCCUACCUAUGUCAGACGUAGCUUUAACAGACCAAUGUUCUGUUUUCUGUAAAUAUGAACUCUUUUAGGGGUUUUGACCUGAACGUUGAGUAUAAAAACAAAACUUGAUAAAAAUGUUCACAUUGAAUGAGUGAGCCAUGAUGUUUGUGUUUGUGUCAGCCUUGUAAAUAAGAAAACAUUUAUUUGGCAUAUUUACUACAUCUUGUGCGCACAGUCAUUUCUACAGUGCUUCGACAGAGUAGCAUGUUUACAUCCACAACUUUCAAGAGUUGGAUUGUUUACGACACGUUUCACUAGGAUCACGGACGAAUGUCGCCACCUUCUGGUCAAUAAACGUGAC